AGCCCCUCCUUAUCCAAUGAUUGUUUUGUUCCUCAAAAUGCCUCGCCUGCUCAGCUCCUACCUCUUCGCCUACAACUCUCUUCAGGCCUUGGGAUGGGCAAUUUGUCUCUUCAGAAUCACGAGCAACUGGGCCUCCACCAAAGCUAUCAAUGGCGCUUACGCUUCUGCCGGAGAAUUAAUCUGUUUGCUUCAAACUGUUGCAUUCUUAGAAGUCUUUCAUGGAGCAAUUGGUAUUGUUCCGAGUGGAAUGCUGCUUCCCCUGAUGCAAUGGGGAGGAAGGGCUCAUUUCCUUUGCGCAAUUGUUCGUCGCAUCCCUGAGGUCCAGGAGCCACCGCCUGUUUUUAUGACAUUUGUCACUUGGUGUCUGAUUGAGGUAAUCAGGUAUCCACAUUAUGCUUUGAAUUGUCUGGGAAGUUCUCCAUCUAUUCUUACGUAUCUCAGGUACACUGCUUUUAUUGUGCUGUAUCCACUUGGCGUCAUUGGUGAAAUGUUGAUCAUGUAUCAAGCACUUCAGUACAUAAAAUUGGAAAACCUCUAUGCAGAUUUCUUCACCCGGCUUCCUUUCACCUACUAUAAUUUUGUCAGGGUUUUGCUUCUAUGCUACCCGAUCAUGUGGCUAAAACUUUACCUGCAUUUACUUAAACAACGGCAACACAAACUACACAAACAGCAUAAGAGCAAGAAAACCUGAGGGCUUAAGUUCCUCUGAUCCCCAACAAUUACCUAGCAAGCCCAGGGGCAAGUCAUUAAGACUGCUGACAUGCAGAUAUUGCUUAUGUUCGUAAUUGUAUAGCUAAUGGCUGUCUCUUUCCUGUAUUCGAUGUCAAAUAUUUAUGCACAAAUAUGCUGUUUUGCUAGGUAGCUGCAAGCAGAUGAUUACUAUGGUAGGUGCAGAUGAUAAAUAGCACUCAUGAUUAAGCCAGUUAUUCUAGCUUAUAGCAAGUAGAUUUAUGGCAACUUUUUUGUUUCUUGUACCUUGUGCUUUAAUCUUGUGUUGAACGAGAAUGAAAUAUUGAAAUUGUUGCA